AAACAUACUCAAAACAAAGGAGGAGCCCCCACUGCAGAGGAAACAGGAAGCUGUCCGCAGAGGACAGCCUGGGACGGUGGCAUGGAGUCCGUGGCCCUGUACAGCUUCCAAGCCUCGGAGAGCGAUGAGCUGGCCUUCAACAAGGGAGACACACUCAAGAUCUUAAACAUGGAGGAUGACCAGAAUUGGUACAAGGCUGAGCUCCGAGGGGCUGAGGGCUUCGUUCCCAAGAACUACAUCCGUGUCAAGCCCCACCCGUGGUACUCGGGCCGGAUCUCUCGGCAGCUGGCUGAAGAGAUCCUGAUGCAGAGGAAGCAGCUGGGGGCCUUCCUGAUCCGAGAGAGCGAGAGCUCCCCUGGCGAGUUCUCCGUGUCUGUGAACUAUGGGGACCAGGUGCAGCACUUCAAGGUGCUGCGUGAGGCCUCAGGAAAGUACUUCCUGUGGGAAGAGAAGUUCAACUCACUGAAUGAGCUGGUCGACUUCUACCGUACCACCACUAUCGCCAAGAGACGGCAGAUCUUCCUGCGGGACCAGGAGCCCAUGCUCAAGCCGCCCCGGACCUCCUUCGCCCAGGCCCAGUUCGACUUCUCUGCUCAGGACCCUUCCCAACUCAGCUUCCGCCGCGGCGACAUCAUCGAGGUUCUGGAGCGGCCGGACCCCCACUGGUGGCGGGGCCGCGCAGGCGGGUGUGAGGGCUUCUUCCCGCGCAGCUACGUGCAGCCCGUGCACCUGUGAGGCCCGCCCCAGGCCACCGGGGUCCCAGCACAUCCUCAGACUGAACGGGAGCUCCUGCCUGCCUGGGCUGCUUCCCGCCACAGCCACAGGGCCCAGGGCCCCGCAGCCGCCACUAGGUUCAGCGACCACGUGGCCACGGAGCGCCUAGGGCUUCCUGCCUGGACACUUCCCAUUGGACGCUGGCUUGCGACAGAUGGGGCGGGUUUUCGGAAGCCCCGCCCCCACCACAGCCAGUGGCUCCAUCCACCUAGGUGUGAGGACUCCUAGCUGGCUGGGCCUGAGGGCCCUGGAUUUACAGCUUUCUGCAUUCCCACGACUUUGGGCUCCACCUGGGUAUCUGGCACCCACAACUCCCACAGAUGCCUUGGGAUGGGGGUCCAGAGGCCCUGAGCCUUAGAAGAAGAGAUAAGUGGUGGUCCCUGCUUAGGAUAUCGGGCUCUGGACCAGCCAUGUGGGAGAUCAGGCUGCACUCACUUUCUUAGUUGGGGUUCUCUGCUUAGACCAGCCCACAGAGGGCUUUCAAGGAGGAAGACAGUCUGAGGGCCAGAUAGGAAAUUGGGACUGGGCUGAGUUUUGGAGGCUCACUGGGACCAACGGGACAGGAAGUCUAGGUAGGGGCCCAGCCUGAGCCAAGGCAGGAAAUCCAAGGGAACAUAUAGGCAGCAAGGGAUUCCGAGAGACCCAGUCCCUGCCCAGAGCCUGGGCCCCUUUGGAAGCAGGAAAAUGGAAGUAGACAAGGGAAAGCCUUGAAUACCAGGCUGAAGGUGGACAGAUGUGAGCAGGAGGAAGGGAGAGGCAAGAUGGAAGGAGGAAAGCCCAGGAGAUGGCUGAAAUGCCUUGAUUAUAGAAAUGUGCUGUUCGCCCUUGGUCCAGGAUGAGGCCCAAGACUCUAAUUCCUGAGCCCUAGAAGGUUCCCACUGCUUCUGCCCUUGUAUUCAAAAUAAAAACUGUGAAACUGCUGGAU